AACACUCCCUUAUCUUUCCCGGACUGGCAGUGUUCGUCCGGAUUGUUGAAAAUGUAUUCGACCGAUCUGGCGGCACUGCAGGCUUCCACCUCCGGCAACAAUGACAAUGGGUGACACGCUCGAGUUUUACGGCAAAGCCCUGCGAGCGAUGCUCGGACUCACCAUUGCCCGCACUAUCCAACAAAUCCAAGCUGCGAGCCAUCGCUGGACAUACCGCGAGACGCCGAAUCCCAAGACGGUGGUCAUCUUAGGAGGCUCAUAUGCCGGCACCUGGCUAGCCCGGCGGCUCAGUGAGACGUUGCCCACGGGCUACAAAGCCGUACUGAUCGAGCGUAACAGCCACUUCAACCAUCUGUUUGCAUUCCCGCGGUACAGUGUCGUUCCGGGCAGGGAACACCAGGCCUUCAUCCCGUACGAUGGCAUAUCCGCCUAUGGACCCCCGGGAAUUCUGCAGCAUAUCCGCGCUUCUGCCGUCGGCAUCACUCCGACCCAGGUGAAGCUCUCCUCGGGCGAGUCGCUCGACUACGAGUACCUUGCCAUCGCGACGGGUUCGUGGCAACCACCGCCGUCGAAGGCGAGCUCGACCGAGAAGGCCGAGGCGUGCGUCGAGCUCCAGGGCUCGCAGAGGCGGAUCCAUGAUGCAAACAGCAUUGCCGUCGUUGGAGGUGGGCCCGUGGGCGUUCAAAUCGCCACUGACAUUGCGGCUUAUUUCCCAGACAAAAAUGUGACUCUGGUUCAUUCCAGACCGCAGUUGCUGUCCAACUUUGGACCAAAACUACACGGGAAUGUUGUCGAAGCACUAAAGCGGCUCAAUGUCGACAUCAUCUUGGGCGAGAGACCUCAACUCCGUGAGAAAAGCACACUGUCAUAUUCGGACGGCCGAAAUGUGCAAUACGAUCUUGUGAUCCCAUGUACGGGACAACGUCCCAACUCGGCCAUCCUCAAGACCCUGGCACCGGCUGCCAUCUGCCCCUCAACCAAGCAGAUCCUCGUCCAGCCGACAUUGCAGAUCCAAGACUCGGACCCGAAGACGCGGAUCUUCGCCCUUGGGGACGUAGCCAAGACGAACGGGCCUCGCAUGGCGCGUGCGGCUCGCGCCCAAGCAGACGUGGUCACUCUCAACAUACUAUCCAUGAUAAACCAACAGAAACCGUCGAACGUGUAUCGCCCGCAGAUCUAUGAGGGUGCAAUCAAGCUGACAUUGGGCAAGUGUAACUACAUAUAUUAUGGCAAAGACCAAAACGGCAAAGAGAUUUACGUCAAUGGAACAGAGAAGAGCGGUGACCUCAACAUUAGCCAUGCGUGGGAGAACCUCAACGCCCAUAUGCCUCGGUAACUCGUUCCCAACUUCAGAAUAAAGGGUGUUGCCUUGAUAAUAUGAUGGCCGUGGACUUUGGCAGUCACAGCGCCGAGAUAGAUGGAUAAAGAGAAAUCGAUCUGUGUUUUUGGGUAUAUACGCUGCACGAAUUAGCCUUAGGAAAGCGCAGAUCUCCCCAGCUUGCAUAAGGUUAAAGGCGGUGGCUCAGUUCAUCCCAUGUUAGCUCCUACAUCAGAAAAGAAUGCAUCCCAGUCCG